UCCCUUCUGUGUGUCUCUCUCAUUGACAUCCCGCUCUGCAGAAAGGACGGCUGUGUUUCUGUGGAUAAAGAACCUUUCACACAGAAAGCCUCGUGAGAUCAAGAUGAAGAUGAAGAUGUUGCUGUUUCUGCUUCUCCUGGGAAUAGUUGGCCCACGCUGCACAUCUGCACGGACUCACUCUCUGAAGUAUUUCUACACUGCGUCCUCUGGAGUCCCAAACUUCCCAGAGUUUGUGAUUGUUGGGUUGGUUGAUGAAGUUGAGAUGAUGCAUUACGACAGCAACACCAAGAGAGCAGAACCCAAACAGGACUGGAUGAACAACAUCACAGAAGAGGUUCCUCAGUACUGGGAGAGGGAGACUCAGAUCUUUCAGGGUCACCAGCAGGUCUACAAAGCCAACAUUGAAACUGUAAAGCAGCGCUUCAACCAAACUGGAGGUGUCCACAUUGUCCAGAAUAUGUACGGCUGUGAUUGGGAUGAUGAGACUGGUGAGGUCAAAGGUUAUGAUAACUAUGGUUUUGAUGGAGAAGACUUCAUAAUACUGGACCUGGAGACAGAGUCAUGGAUCGCUCCAAAACCACAGGCUGUCCUCACCAAACAGAAGUGGGAGAAGAACAAAGCUAUUAUGGCCCAGGACAAGAACUACCUCACCAAGAUCUGUCCUGAGUAUCUGAAGAACUAUGUGAACCUUGGGAGGAGCUUCCUGAUGAGAACAGAGAUCCCCUCAGUGUCUCUGCUCCAGAAGUCCCCCUCCUCUCCAGUCAGCUGCCACGCUACAGGUUUCUACCCGGACAGAGCCCUCAUGUUCUGGACCAGAGACGGAGAGGAGCUUCACGACAACGUGGACCACGGAGAGAUCCUGCCCAACCACGACGGAUCCUUCCAGAUGAGCGUGGACCUGGACGUCUCCUCAUUCCCCGCUGAACACUGGGACAAGUACCGAUGUGUGUUCCAGCUCUCUGGGGUGAAGGAGGACCACGUCAUCGUACUGGACUCAGCUGUGAUCAGGACCAACAGAGGGAAUCCCCUCCUCCUCCUCUUCAUCAUCGGUGCUGUAGUGGCUGCUCUCGCUCUCCUCAUCGCUGGGAUUGGAUUCCUGGUUUACAGGAAGAGGAACGCCAAUAAAAACCAUCCCUCUCCUGCCUCCAGCGCUGAGCUCACUGAGAGACUGAACCAGCCAUCAGAGUGAGGGGCUUCACAUCAACUCUCCACCUGUUGCAUCAGAGCUCUUUCUCUGCUCUCAAACCUCUCCAGCUGCAGCUUUAGAGUUCAAACCCUUCUGCAGAGUGACCUCAGAAAGGCACGAUGCUUUCAGAAACACAAAUAUUAGAAAAUCAAUGACAUCAGUUCAAUAAAAUAGUGUAACACCGAUUAGAAACAUUGACCUGUAGAUCAGAAGCAGAUCAGAGAAGUGACUCAGGUUCUGUUCUGUGUCUUUAGGGUUAUGCAUCAGGGGGCGCUGCCACCACAUUCUCCCCGUAAACUGUUCAUUAUUCAUCAUCUGAUCAAUAACUGAUCAUCUGAUCAAUAACUGAUCAAUAACUGAUCAUAUUAGGGUUUGGAAAUCAGGUAGUAGACGCUCAUUGAUUGGACAACAGGAAUAUGUUAUUUGGAUAAUUUGGGUUUCACAUAAAAAGGUGGCUUUCCCUCUGAUUAUGUAUUUACACACACACACACACAGACACACACACACACACACAGACACACACACACACACACACACACACACAGACACACACACACACACACACACACACACACAGACACACACACACAGACACACACACACACACACAGACACACACACACACACACACACACACACACACACAGGUAGCAGCGAGUGAUAUUGAUUUCCCUUUCUGAGCUUUUCUAAAUGAAUCAGAAGUGUCUUUAUUUAUAACAUGUCUCUUGAAUUGGUUUUAAAACAUAAUAGUGUGUGAUUUUGAUAAUGUUGCUAUGAUUUAGGGACAGGGAGGUUUUGUGUACAUAGCCAGCGGACUGUGACGUUCUCUUUAGUUUGGGGUUCAGAGGUGAACGUGACAUGAAGUCGCUCUGCAUUGUUAACCCUUUCCUGUCCGUGUUUCACUUUCCAAUAAAAACCCAUCUCCCAAA